GCUUCCGGGUGAGAGGUCGCCCGGUCGCCCCAGCAACCGAGGCCCGCUCUGUCCUAGAGCCCAGCUCCCUCCAGCCUGCCGAGCUGGCGAGCCUAGGGGAAUCGCAGAGUCGCGAAAGCCUGUCCUUCACGUCUCCAUCAACUUCGUCAGAAGUAUAUAAGAUCAAAUUUAUAUUUCCAAAUGGAGACACAUACGAUGGCGACUGCACAAGAACUACCUCUGGGAUCUGUGAGAGAAACGGGACAGGCACGCACACCACGCCGAACGGGAUUGUCUACACAGGAAGCUGGAAAGAUGACAAGAUGAAUGGCUUUGGAAGACUUGAACAUUUUUCGGGCGCUGUGUAUGAAGGACAGUUUAAGGACAACAUGUUUCAUGGACUGGGGACUUACACAUUCCCAACUGGGGCAAAGUACACUGGAAAUUUCAAUGAAAAUAGGGUAGAAGGUGAGGGAGAAUACACUGACACCCAAGGCCUGCAGUGGUGUGGUAACUUCCACUUCACAGCUGCCCCCGGCCUGAAACUAAAGCUCUACAUGUAGACCUGCUGCCUUAACGCUGAGAUGUGGCCUCUGCAACCCCCCUUAGGCAAAGCAACUGAACCUUCUGCUAAAGUGACCUGCCCUCUUCCGUAUCACAUGUAUUCCUGGCUAAACUGGAACUUUUAAAUUUUUUAUCUUACUUUAUAUAUAUAUGAAUUUUUUUUACCUGAAUGAACCUCUGUGCACUAUGAAAUUCAUGAAGUUCCUGUGGAGGUCAGAGGUUGGUGUUGGAUCCACUGGGAUGGAGGCACAAAUGGUGGUGUGAUUCGAACCUGAGUCCUCUGCAAGAACAACCUGUGCUCUUAAUCUUUGAACCAUCUUCCCAUCUACAUCUGUCAUGUAGACCAGGCCUGCCUUGAAGUCACAGAGAUCCACUGCCUAAAAGCAUAUGUAACUACACCUGGUCCAUUGUUUUCUCUUUUUACAUCUAUUUGCUUAAAUGUGUGUCCAUGUAUAUGUGUUCUCAUGGUGUGUGUGUGUGUGUGUGUGUGUGUGUGUGUGUGCCCGUGUGCCCAAGGUCAGCAUGUGGGCAGUGCCCUGAUUUUCUCCUUACAUCUAUUUCAACUUCUUCUUCUUCUUUUUAAAAAUAUUUAUUUUUAUUUAUAUGUGUAACUGUCUUCAGACACACACCAGAAAAGUGCAUUGGAUCCUAUUACAGAUGGUUGUGAGCCACCAUGUGGUUGUUGGGAAUGGAACUCAGGACCUCUGGAAGAGCAGUCAGUGCUCUUAACCAUUGAGCCAUUUCUCCAACCCUCCCCCUCUGUUGAUGGUACAAUAAUUCUUUUUUUUAUUAGGCUAAUAAAAUUUAUUUAAAAUAUA